AUGGAGAAGAAGUUAAGGAUAAAGAAGAAAGUAUGGAUGGGGAAGAAGUUUGGGAUGGAGAAGAAGUUUGGGAUGGAGAAGAAUCUACUAAUUAAGGAAGCAGAAGAAGUUAAGGAGGAUGGAGAAGAAGUUAGGGAAGGAGAAAAAGUGAAGAAUGAAGAACAAGUUAGGGAAGGAGAAGAAGUUAAGGAUGGAGAACAAGUUAGGGAAGGAGAAGAAGAAGUUAAGGAUGGAGAAGUAGUUUGGGAUGGGGAAGAAGUGAAGGAAGGAGAAGAAGUUAAGGAAGAAGAAGAAGAAGUUUUGUGGAGAAGAAGUGGAGAAGAAGUUAAGGAAGAAGAAGAAGUUUAG